AUGGCACCCACCACUCCGGCCAACACCCGCCCCAUUGUUAUCAGUGGGCCCUCUGGCUCAGGUAAAUCCACUAUGCUGAACCGCCUCUUCAAGGAGUACCCGGGCAAGUUUGGCUUCAGCGUCUCGCACACUACGCGCUCGCCGCGCGCGGGCGAGGAGAACGGUCGCGAGUACCACUUUGUCACGAAGGAGGAAUUCUUGGACCUCGUGGAAAAGAAGGGGUUCGUGGAGCAUGCAAAGUUUGGCAGCAAUUACUAUGGGACGAGCAUCAAAGCGAUCGAGGAUAUCAUAGAAAAGGGGCAGGGCGUCAAGCAGGUCGCGAAUCACCCUACGUUUCCGCGACCGCGAUUCCUCUUCCUUUCGCCGCCAUCUAAGGAAAUCCUCGAGCAGAGAUUGCGCGGCCGAGGGACAGACAAGGAGGAGGCUAUCUUGGAGAGACUCAAGCAGGCCGAGGCGGAGAUGGACUUUGCGAAGAGCCCAGAUUCUCCUCAUGAGAAGAUCAUUGUGAACGAUGACCUGGACAAGGCGUACAAGGAGGUCAAGGAGUUCAUUGUAGGCGCGGAUUCUUAG